GGCAAGCAUCAAUUCUUCUCUCUUUUCUGGACAGCUAUCUUCACUCUGAGCAACAGCUCACUCGGUGUAUCAUGUCCCAGCUGAUUAAAUGGUUCAGUAACUUCAGAGAGUUCUACUAUAUUCAGAUGGAGAAGUUUGCCCGCCGGGCCCGAGUGGAGGGGGUUAACAGUGUGAGGGACGUAGCAGUGAGCAGAGACUCGGAGCUCUUCAGAGCCCUCAACAUGCACUACAACAAGGCCAAUGACUUUCAGGUUCCUGACAGGUUCCUUGAAGUGGCUGAGAUCACACUACAGGAGUUUUACAUCUCAAUCUCCCUGGCCAGAGACUCAGACCCAUCCUGGAAGAAAGCCAUCUAUAAGGUCAUCAGUAAACUGGACAGUGACGUACCGGCUGAAUUCAAAGCCCCCCUCACAACAUAGAAAGAGACAGACGGAGGCUGCCGUAUGUAAAAACAAAGUGUAUUUUUCCCUGCAUGGGCCACGUCUUGAAUCGAAGCCAUGCUAAACGUACAACAGCAGGACAGGGUACCCAGUGUUUCAAUAUAUGGUCAACGUGGACGGUUCUGUAAGUCGCUUUGGAAAAACAGUGUAAAGGUAAAUGUUGUUAACGCCAUUUCCCAUUCAGAGGUCCGUCGUGUGAAAUGUGUGGCUGUACAGUAGGCUUCCCAUUCAGAGGUCCGUCGUGUGAAAUGUGUGUCUGUACAGUAGGCCCAUGUCACAGCUGGGUUUUUUUAUUCACAGGAGGAUCGUAGAGCAAAUUGCAAUGUAGUUUUAAUAAAAAUAAAAAAAACAAUGUAUACAAUUUUGAUUGAUAUUGAGGCAUGCGUUACUUACUAUAGAAUCUGUUAUUAAAACCAUGUUGGCGCAUGUGAAUUAAAUUUGUAUUUUUUGCUACAUCAGAUCAAUCUAGCAAUAAUACAAGAGACCUUUCAUUUAGAAUUUUUCAGUGUGCGUCAAUUACGAAGGCAGUUUCAGGCAUGUUAGUGAAUGGGAGGACGGCAUUAUUGCAUUACAUAAUCUAAAAAUGUUUUAAAAGUUUCAAGAGACCACUGAUGGUUUCUAAACUGUUGUAAAGAAACAACUGGACAGACAAAAAAACAGAAUCCACACAAGUACAAAAUCCUUUAAUACACAAUCGGUGCAAGUCAGCAUGCGUUUCAUUCUACUGGCCUGGUGUGAUCAGAACAAUGAAACCUGUAUAACGUGUCAAACCUAAACUCACUUAACACUGACGGCACCCCAAUACCAUUAACUACAUAUUCACUACAUACUGCAUGGACUUUGGCGAAAGGAGGAGACGUCCAGCACAUUUUUUUAUUUUUUUUAAUUUUACCCCUUUUUUCUCCCCAAUUUCGUGGUAUCCAAUUGUUGUAGUAGUUACUAUCUUAUCUCAUUGCUAC